CAGCCCUUGGCCGGGUGAAACCCGAGUCAUUCCGGUACGUAGAACCGACUGUCGUGGGAAUGGGCCGAAAUGAUCAAUGUGCACGGUAUCAAAUGGCUGAGGCUCCUUUGGUAUAUUAUACAAUUUCCUUUCUCGCGACGCCGGCGGCGCGGCAUACAUGAUGCACUUCAGACAAUUCUCAAUAAACCGUGUCACUUUCGAAUGCAGAUUGGCAAUCGAAUAAAGUCUAUUAAUUUUGUCGCAUGUCUUGUCGACCGACUGGUGCCCCAAUUUCUCGUGCGCUAGUCUAAUAAUGUUGUCUUCCAUUUCGCCUGGAACACAGAGUCGCCUACUGCCGUCCUCCCGUAGCCUACAUACGAGGCCGUCCUGCAAGUCAAAGUCUUUUACCUUCCCCGUCAACAGUUUCUCACGAAUCUCUUAGAUUUUCGUCUCGCUCUUGAGCCACCUGUAUCCGAAAUUCUACGUCGACCGUGUCGUAAUCCACCGCCGUAACACAGCGGCUUAGGGCGUCUACGUGUCUCAUGGCAGUGCCUCUGCGAUGUACAACUUUAUAAUUAUAAUUCUCUAGUUCCAAAGCCCACCUGGCUAUCCUAGCAUUAAUUUGUUUUCCAGAGUUAGGGCAAGGGAGUUACACUCAGUUACUAUCUGGAAGGGGAUCCCUUCUAAAUACGGCCGGAAUCGUCGUAGGGCAAACACUAUCGCCAGCGUCUCUAACUCGAAGCUGUGGUACUUCGCUUCGGCUGCUGAAGUGGUCUUGGAAAAAUAUGCCACCGGGUGCAUUUUCUUAUCGUCUUGUCUUUGGAGUAGGACGGCCCCGAAACCCGUUGCGCUGGCGUCGCAGUGUAACUCGAUCUUUCUCAGUGGAUUGUAGAUUGACAGCACCGGGGCCCUCGACAGUUCCGACCUUAACCUCUGGAAUGGUUCUGCGCAAUCGUCGUCAAAUAAAAAGGGCGUGUCCUUUUUCAAUAAGUUCAGCAAGGGCCUAGCGAUUCUGGAGAACGAAGGUACAAAACGUCUGAAGUACGAAAAUAGCCCGAUGCAGGACUGUAGCUCUUUAUGGUUGGUCGGCAUUGGGUACUUCUUGAUGUCAUUGGUAUGUGACUCGCUUAACGUGAUUCCAGCGGCUGAGACCGAGUAACCCAGAUAUUCUAUUUUACUGUAACCGAACUUACACUUUGACAGAUUUAGCGUCAAGCCUCUUCGUCUUAUGCGGCCUAAUACCGUUCGCAAGAGAUCUCUGUGUUCCGCAAAGUCAGCUGUCGCUACUAUAAUAUCAUCCAUAUAUAUUAUGAUUUACCUAGCUUCGAUGAGAUCACAUUUUUAUUGAUGAACCUUUGGAACACGGCUGGAGCAUUUUUAAGCCCAAACGGCAUUUUGAGGAACUCAUACUGUCCGCCCGGGGUAACAAAGGAUGAUGAAAACCGUUCUUCAAAUCUAGCACGGAAAAUAGUUGUUUACCUUCUGGGUAUUCUACGCAAUCGUCUAUGAGCGGUAGUGGGUAGUUGUCGCGGACAGUGAUUUUAUUUAAGCCGCGGUAGUCGACACAAAGGCGCAGCUGCCCAUUUCUUUUCUUCACUAAGACUAUCGCGGAUGCAUACGGCGAGUUACUAGGGCGUAUAAUACCUCUCGUCUCCAGGUCCUUUACAAUAUCUUGCACGGCUGUGCGUUCAGCAAAAGAGAGCCGACGAGGAGCACAGUGGAAAGGCACGUCUGAAGUAAGGUGGAUUUUUAUUUUGUAUUCAUACGGCUCUAUCUCUACGUUGGAACUGAUAUACUGGCAACGCUGCCACCAACCAACUGAUGGACAGCAGCCUGAACGCAUUACGGGCUUCAGUGCAGGAGCUGCGACAAAGUUCCGAAGAUAGCCAAAGGUACAUUGUACGGUUACGCGAGGGUAUGCAGCCACAAAGUGCAAGUCAGAGUAGUGUGCAGCCAGCACAAGACGAACAACGCCAGGCCGUCGUAGCUGAUACCGAUUCGCACAUAAAGCUGUACGACUUGCCUACAUUUGGCGGUAAUAUUGAAGAAUGGCCAUUGUUCUACGCAAAUUUCAACGACACAACACAGGCGUUCGGUUACAGCCACCGGCAAAAUUUAAUGCGGUUGCAAAAAUUACUGGUUGGCCCGGCAAAAGAGGCAGUGGAGGCCUUGUUAAUUUUUGCGAAUGACGUGCCGAACGUGAUGCGUGAGCUUGAGUUUCGGUUUGGUCGGCCCGACAUUUUGGUUAAAGGGCAAAUAAGCCAAUUGCAGCAGAUCCCGCCUAUACCUGAAAGCAAAGUUGAAAGAAUUAUACCGUUUUCGUCCAAAGUCCUUAAUGUGGUGGCGUUUUUGAAGUCCGCGAAUUGUCAACAACAUUUGUCAAACGUGACGUUGCUUGAGGAAAUGAUUAUCAAGCUGCCGCAUACCAGACAAUUCGAUUGGGCGAAACACGCUGCGACGAUCUCGCCUUAUCCAACAAUCGAACAUUUUUCGGAGUGGCUCAGCGACUUGGCAAGGAUAAUUUCUCUAAUGCCGACAACAAGCACACGAAUCAGCAAACAAAAUGCUGCGCCGAACAAUCCGCGCCGCCUCAUGCAUAUCAACCGACCGAAAGAGAUUUUAAAAUGUUAUCACUGCAGCGGAAGCUAUACGAUAGCACAGUGUGAGUCGUUCAAGUCAAUAGGCUUUCAGGACCGGUGGGAACUGGUCAAAACACAACAAUUAUGUUUUUCAUGUUUGCGCAAGGGCCACUGCACACAGAAAUGUCGGUCAAGGCGAUAGUGUGAGGUGAAUGGAUGCCAACAAUACCACAACCAGCUACUCCAUAAUGAGGAAGUAGCUGAUCAAGCGCCACGUCGAGUCACGCAAUCGGAUGUCGGUGUGCAGCCACUGCUAAAUUGUCGGGUAGCACAAAGUUCGCAAGGUUUAUUAUUUAAAAUGUUACCGGUUAAUAUUUACGGCCUGGACGGCAAGCGGGAUGUACUCGCCAUGUUUGACGUAGGUUCGCCAGUGUACAUAAUGGAGGCCGGCGUAGCAAAUAUGAUCGGUGCUAAAGGCGAUUUACUUCCACUCACGCUGCAGUGCUACGACGAUAAAAUGGUAACCGAGCAAGCCAGUAAAGUUGCCAUUGAAAUCGAGAACUGUACUAACAAGAAUAGAUUUGCGCUUAAAGAUGUGUACACGGUAAAAAACUUGAAUUUGCCCGAACAAUCACUAAGAAAAGAAAAUUUCGAUCAUCUUAAAGAUUUGCCAAUUUUAAACUAUUAUCGUGCAAAACCAGUGUUGCUGAUUGGGGUAAAACACGUACAUCUCGGUGCCACCACAGCGAUUGUGUAAGCCAGCAGCGAUAGCCCAUUGGCUGCGAAAACUCCACUUGGCUGGGUUGCGUAUGGUCCAACGAAGUGGCCAUCACUAUUGAACCCCCGCGUUCUAGUCGUGAGGGAAUUUCAGCAACUGAACGAUUUAAUAAAAGAAUAUUUCACAGCAGAUAGUUUUGGCGUCAAUCCGUCGCCGCAGUAGUUAGAUUCAGACGAAGAGAAACGCGCACGUUCAACUUUACAACAAACGACCAGAAAAGUGGGACACCAGUACGAAGUCGGAUUGCUGUGGAAAGAAUAUCCGCCGUAAUUGCCCAGCAGUCGAGCCAUGGCCGAAAAGCGUUUGUGGACAGUGGAGAAAAGAAUGAGAGGCGACGUCGAGUUUCGUACGCGGUACAGAGAAGAAAUGUCGUAAGUAUUUUGAAAGAGGGUACGCAAGAAAGCUGAGCGAAGCCGAAGUCAGCGCGCCGGACAUAAACGUAUUGGUACUUGCCCCACUUCGCUGUCUUCAACCCCCAUAAGCCGGAAAAAAUACGAAUUGUUUUCGAUGCGUCAGCCAGUGUAGCAAAUGUGUCUCUCAACUCGGCUCUUCUGAAAGGUCCAGAACAAGCACAAUCGCUGAUAAGAAUUUUAUUGCAAUUUCGACAGGGGCGCAGCGGAGUGUCAGCCGACAUUCGUGAAAUGUUUUCACAAAUAAAGAUACGCCAAGUUGAUCAACACGCCCUACGCUUUUUAUGGCGCGACGGAGACCAAAGUCGAGCAAUCGAAGAGUACGCGAUGACAUCACUAAUAUUUGGUGCUGUAUGCUCGCCAUGCAUAGCCGAGUACAUAAAGAAUAAAAACGCCAACGAAUUUAAAGCACAGUUUCCGGACGCCGUAUCCACGGUUGUCAACAAACACUAUGUUGACCAUUUAGUUGCCAGUUUUAACGAGCCCGAAGAAGCCGUAAGAAUUUGCCAAGAGAUAGUUAAAAUAAAUCGACAUGCGGGUUUCGAGCUGCGAAAUUUUAUCUCCAACUGUCGUGAGGUAGAAGAAAUAAUGAACCAACAAUCAACGUCGCCAGCAAGAGAAGCGGUCAGCAUGGAGCGAAACGGGAAAGCAGACAAAGUGCUCGGCCUGUACUGGAACACGAAAGAAGAUACUUUCGGAUUCCACACACAGUUUCAUCGCGUGCCCCACGAUGUCCUAAACAGAACGCGUGCACCAACCAAGCGGGAAUUACUUCGCAUCGUUAUGGCGGUGUUUGAUCCACUUGGUAUGUUGUCUAACUUCUUAAUUAAUACUAAACUUUUAAUUCAAGAGACCUGACGACAUUCUUCCGAUGGAGCUAGGUAGGAAGUGGUUACAAUGGUGGCAAGAAUUCAACAGCGUGAAGCAAUUCACGAUUCCACGGUGCUACUCACCCCUCGUCGCAAGCAUGGGUAAAGUCGAAGUGCAUAUAUUUGUCGACGCUAGUCAAGUUGCGUUUGCUGCGGUGGGGUACUUGCGAAUUCUUCACGAAGGAAAUGUUGACGUCAGCAUCGUAUUGGGAAAAACCCGUACCGCUCCGACGAAGCUUAUGUCGAUCCCGCGCCUAGAACUGCCGUCAGCUGUCCUGGGCACCCGUCUAUUCACAUUCCCACGACAGCCGGUUCUACGUACCGGGAUGACUCGGGUUUUACCCGACC